AUGGCACCGUGGCGCCGUGGAAUGCGCAACCGCGGUUCAAGAUUUGAAAGAGGCAACGGUUGGCGCGGAGGAAGGAGAGGAAGGGGGAGACCGUGCUCCAACAACGCAGAACGGUCUUCUAAUGGGAAUGGCGAGCGACCAUCAAGGCCAGAGGACACGUACGAGCAAGAAGAAGCUAGAGCCGACUACAUUGCCUGGAAAAGAAUUAUCAAGACUCCACCUCGACAGCACGAUGAGAAGACGGUGGACCGGCUUUGGAAUGGUGCUCUUCCGAUUUUGAAUGGCGGCGAACGAGAGUGGAAGCAGAUGCUCCCAAGAGAUCUGGUGCAUGAAGAAUCUUUUGGUCUGGAGCACGUCGGGACCUUACUGGCCAUGCGGACAAGUGUAGGAGGUCCCGGUGCAUUCGUUCAGCUGAUUCGACCCUUUGUCCUGGUUAUCACGCACUGGGCAUUCUUAGAUUGCCUUUCUGUCGACACUUUUGUGGGAGCAUUGUACACCUUCAUAGGUGGCACGAACGGGACAAGGGCGGUUCCUUUCUUCCAAAAUCUCUGCUGGACGCUGGUCAGUGUACAUGUCGAUAAAAUCUUCAUGACAGCAGCCUCCACGAUUGACACAACACUGGUCGCCGUUUCAACUGCCCUUCGCGAACUUUUGAGGAGGGAGCCCAGAGCGAGAUUCAACGAUGAUCUUCCAACACUGAUUGACACGUGGAAAACACCGUGCAGGUGA